GGAAACUCUCAGCAUACCCCUCAGUAAAUUGAGACCUGUAUUGGUAUUCGAUCAUCGGUAUGGAUGAUAUGAACAACUUGGUAGCCCACGAAUGCAGACUGGCCUCAUGUAGAGAUUUCGGAGCUUCUAUAGUGAAAACGAGCAAGCGGGAAGAAAUUACCACGUUAUCGAUGGCAGAAGAUGCAAUCGCCCUCAUCGAUCAUCUCGGAUUCAGAGGCAUAGAUGCAUGUGGGGGGUCGAUGGGGGGUGUUAUUCUCCAACAAAUCCUCAUCCUCGCUUCUACCACACCAAGUGCAGUUCCUUUCCGGAUACACCAUGCUCUUCUCGCAGCUACAACGACAAAAAUUCCUCGCGGUGACCCGGAGUUCAUUGAAUAUCUUGCCAAACCUCCUCCGGUCGAUGGACAACUUACGGAUGAGAGGAAAUGGCGAUUGCGAGACCUAUGGUUGAGCUUGGCUACGACGUAGAUUUUCUAAGGACACCUGAAGGAAAAGCGAAAGUAGAAAAGCUCUUGCCUUCAAUGAUCCUUAAAAGACCUUCGAAACAAAUAACUGGUGGACACCGCCUGACGCGGCAGGUCCCGCCACUCUUCUGUCCUCCGGGGAAAGGGGCAGGCCCGACGGGAAUUUGGUAACAGUCGCCAAACAGAAUAUGCGCAAGUAGGCGAUCACGAAUAUGCGACACAGUACAAACGGUGGAGGAACUGGAGGGUAGCGGCGGUCCGAAAAGCAUGAGAGAAGCAGCACAGUGGGACGAUAGUACAAAGAGCAGGGGGGAAGGCUGAGUAAACGGCACGAGAGUGGUGCGGUAUAAGAGAAAUUGGUUAGUGAGUUGGGAGGACCCUGGGUUAUCUAGAAUUGGCAAUAAUAGAGGACCUUGUCAUCAAACGCAUUCAAUCAGGGUCGAAAAAUUUACAAGACCCGCUACAGAGUAGCGGGAAUU